GUUGUGUGUCAGAAGGAGUCAUCUUUGUGUCUUUGUGGCGGAAGGAGUUUUUUCGGGGGAUCUGGAUCUGGAUCUGGGGAUCUGGAUCUAAAGCGGAGCAGCUCGGAGGACGGCGAGAAUGCUCUUCUCUCAUCACCUCCCGGGCUCCGAUGACACAUCAGACACCGUGCAGACCCGCACACAUUAAACCUCAUCCUCAUUCCAGAGGAUUCCCAUUCCAGAGGAUUCCCAUUCCAGAGGAUUCCUAUUCCAGAGGAUUCUUGCGUUCAUUCGCAUCAGGUCCGCCACCCUGCGUGCACGCGCCUGCACCGGACCGCGUGCGUGCGUUGUGUCGCCCGUCGGCUCGUUUCGACUCGACGUGAAGUGAAGGUGACUGAAAAGGGAGGACGGACGGACUGUCGGACCCGCUUUAUCGUUUUAUUUGGGCUUCAUCCCGUUUUGUGUCCAUCAUCUUCAUCAUGGAGGAAGGUCUGCGUCCUGUCAGCUGGUCUCUUUAUCUGACGUUUCUCUGCCUGCUUCCGUUUCACCUGCCGGGGACGCUGGAGUCUUACCCACACAGCGCCGAGUGCCAAGGCAAACACUGCACAGAGCUGUCAGAGAAGAAGAGCGACCUGAGGGUUUGUGAUGACUCCACCUGUCGGUUCGGAGGUGUCUGCAGAGACGAUGGCGUUCAGCUGAAAUGUGUCUGUCAGUUUCAGUGCCAUAAAAGCUACAUCCCUGUGUGCAGCUCCAAUGGAGACACCUACCAGAACGAAUGCUACCGACGGCAGGCCUCCUGCAAACAGCAGCGGCCGAUCUCUCGUGUUUCUGACGGGCCCUGCUCUGCCGAACCCAGUUCGGGCUCCGGGGACGGAGAUGACUACGAAGGUUCUGGUUCAGAUGUCGGGAAGAAGUUCACCAAGUGCAGCACGUGUAAAUAUGGAGCUGAGUGUGAUGAAGACUCAGAGGAUGUGUGGUGUAUCUGUAACAUCGACUGUAGUGGUCACAAUGAGAAUCCGGUUUGCGCCACAGACGGGACCUCGUACAACAACCCGUGUUUGGUCCGUGAGGCCUCGUGCAUGAAACAGGAGCAGAUAGACGUCAAACACCUGGGCAGGUGUCCAGCCUCCUCUGUCCCCACAGCGGAGAAAGACAAGAUGGCCAAGAAGGACGACAGUCAUCCUUUCAAACCCAACAUUUUAGAAACUAAAGGUUUGGACCACGGCGAUGGAUUCUACGCCGGCAUGCCCGUCCCCUGUGCCGACAACUACGCCGACUUGUGUGUGCACGGCAAAUGUGAGAUCAGAUACCACACGGCUACCUGCAGGUGUGACACAGGCUACAAAGGUCCCAAGUGCGAGCAGCCGCAGGACUUUAACAUUUUGUAUGUGGUUCCCAGCGGUCAGAAACUCCACUACGUCCUCAUCGCUGCCAUCAUUGGUGCAGUGCAGAUCACCAUCAUCGUGGCUGUGGUGAUGUGCAUCACCAGGAAAUGCCCAAAAAACAACAGGGUCCGUCGGCAGAAACAAAAUCUGGGACACUUUUCAUCAGAAACGAACUCCAGGAUGGUAUAGCCGUUUUUUAAAAGGUUUUUUCUUUCGUAUGCAGCAGGAGUUCCACUUUUUACCAUAUGAUGUUUUUUUUCCUCGGGAAAACACAACCAAGAAGAAUGAGGUUUUUAUUUCGGGGGCCUUAUUUUCUCCUGUUUUCUGGGACGAGUUGAAACCUUUAAAGGGAAAUUGCCACAGACUGAGAACGAGGAACCAGACUCGUUUAUUGGUCGUCUUCUGUCUGUCUCUGUUUGGUCUGCUGCUGCUGUGUGCUCACGUUGACCGCACUACGAGUCAAGUUAGCUUCAGCAUACUGGUUUAUCUAGAAUUAGCUUUAGCAUACUGGUUACCUAGAGUUAGCUUUAGCAUACUGGUUUAUCUAGAAUUAGCUUUAGCAUACUGGUUACCUAGAGUUAGCUUUAAGAUACUGGUUACCUAGAGUUAGCUUUAAGAUACUGGUUACCUAGAGUUAGCUUUAGCAUACUGGUUACCUAGAGUUAGCUUUAGCAUACUGG